UUUGUGGUGUGCGCUACAACGCUUCGAAUCUCGCCGGUCGCUGCUGCCGCUAGUCUCGGCGGCGUAUCAGUCAGUCAGGUGUUUCCCCUAUCAGCAGUAGCCGUUGCGCGUGUUUUCCUGCUGUACCCAUCAGCUGGAGCAGUAGGAAGUACGGAUCCGUCGAUCGGGCGAUUAAUCUUUUAGAACCAACCUUACCCAGGAAGAGAAGAAGCGGGCGGAUGGACAGACUCGUGUGGGUGGUCGCUAGCAGCCGGUAACUUUAGGACUCCCACGCGACAACCGGGAUUCGGUGAACCGGGUGAAGGAUUAUUAGGUAGUAACUGUUGGUAGUGAAGAAGACUUGCGCUGUGACCUUUUCGUGAAUCACACGUGUUCCGUGCGCGCGUGAGAGCCGAGGCGAUAAAGAGCAACCAGUGGGUGUGGUUGUGUGUGUGGUUUUGUACGCGCACGCGAGAGAAGCGACAUUGCGCGGCGGUGUUAUAUUUACGGGUUGAAAUAUUUAUAAUGACAAUUAUUACUGUCGUAACGAAUAUGGAUUAAGCUGUGUUCUGUCCGUGCCCGACUAGUUUAGAACCGCUGUGUUGGAGUGUUUGUGUAUUUGGAAGGCAGGAAAAAAAUCGGCUGAAGAAGAAAACAAAUAGUGAACAAACCGAGCGAGUUUUGUGUAUGUUUGUGCCGGUGCCUAUGCGCAAUACUAGCCGCGAGUUGUGUCGUAGAAGAAGGAAAAAAACAACAGCACUCUGUGACAUUUUGACUUAAGUCACUUGAAAUGUCAAAGCAUUUAUAAGUUUAAAUGUUACAUCGCUCGGUUUUUCGUUGAAUAAACCGUGUGGCCUACUGGGUUGUGUGCGGGGUGUGUGUGUGUACAAUACCAGACAUGGUGAUGACGGCUGUGAUGGCACUCCAAGUGUCGGUACCUUGGUAAUGAGAACAGUGCGCAACGAGGUUACUGGACGAGGCAGCUGGGCUGGGCUGGGUGAAGACGACAACGGCGACAACGACGGCGGGCCGGUGGCAGACGCUGAAAUUAAUAUCUGUGCAGAUUCGUUGACGAUCAACGGGGUGUGUAUGUGCCGCCAGUGAUAUAUCCGGUGUUGUGGACGGCACCAGUGAAUGGAAACAAAACUUCGACACUGGCCAUUGGAAAGUUUUCUGGCGACGGUGAUAAACUGUGAACGUACUUUUUUUUGUCUUUCUAUUAUCAGCACGAGUAUCGCACAUCGCGCCAUUGUAUCGCUUCAAUCGGAAAUAAUCAGGCGUUUUGAACUGAAAAAUCAUCGUUACUUCACGGUGUACACUACUGUUUGCAGAGACAAUUCAGAUAAUCGGGCAGAUUUCCUCUAGUUCGAUCUGUUCCUGGAGCUGGAUAUCAGCAGUAAUCAAGCUCCCAAACACACGUGUUCGCACGGAGAAAAUCUCAAGAAACGAUUUUUGCCGUUCGCUAGCCGAGUGAAAAACUACAGCGAUAAAAGUGUGUCUAUUUAUAUACUGAUAAGAACUUCACCUUCCCGAUCGCGCCGUUGUAGGCCGCGUACAAGUUCACUACUUCCCCGGCCCGGGUUCAACCUCGUGGAGGUGUCUCGGGGAAGGUUGUUGUCGUCGCUGGAUGUGGUGUACUUACUAAGUGAAGAAAAACUAAGUUAGUGGCAAAGGGGGAAAACAAUAAGGCACGUACCUGGCUUAUCGUCUAUUCGUGUGGAACCUCUGACACACAUCACGCUGCCCCACACAGCACUGUAGUGAAAGGGUGACAAGGUCCUUAUCUGCUAGUUUAAUCAGCUACUGGUAGUAGUAGUAGUAGUAGUACCAUAGUAGAAAACGGACUCAGCACAUUCUGCGCAGUUUAGUUCGUCGGCAUUCAUCGGAAGUAGUUUGGAUGAGCUGCGAUCAUCGAGGAUUGUUCCGAUGAGAACAUGAGGGAAGUGAACUCGUCGGAAACAUCGGUAGUAUGGCCAGCUUGGUGUUAUUCAGGAGAAACGGUUAAUGAAGAUUUACCACAAGCAACCUCAGUGGCAGCACUAUCGCCAUCAUUGGCCUUACCUCAGCAGCAGCAGCAACAACCGCCGCAAUAUCAACACCAGCAACAGUCGUCGCGGUUCCAACUCCAGCAAUCGUCAUCAAAUCAAUCACCGUCAUCAUCAGCGUCCUCGUCGCCAUCGUCCGCUCAUUCGGUGCAAGGUGCUGGCAAGUCGCUGUCGAACCGAGGCUCUGCUGGUGGCGGCGGCGGCGGCGGUGGUGGUGGUGGUGGCAAAAGAAAAUCAAUCACUCCGACUUCUCCCGGAUCGUCGCCACAAUCGGCACUGACGGCUGCCUUGGGUGCAAGUUCCGUGGCAGCACUGGCGACGGCAGCAGCAGCAGCGGCAGCGGCGGCUUUCCAAUCGUCGCCCAGAAGAUCCACCCCACCAAGCGGGCUGCAGUUGCAACUUCCGGAAAACGGAAACGGCUGCCGGAGAUCUCCGUCCCAGCACUCGGUGGUGACCCACGGCAGCGAUGGUCAUUAUUCAGUGUUGAACAAUAACAACAUCAACAAUAAUAAUAACAAUAACAGCAGCAGUAGUAAUUUCAACAGUCAAGUCGCUGCCCUCCAAUCGCUGGACAAGAUGCUGAGCGAACGGAUCUACGAUCGGAAAAAGUAUCUCAACUCCCCGACGGGGAGUGCAGCGGCAGCAGCAGCAGCGGCGGCGGCCGCCAGUUCGUUCUACGAAAAAUUUCGAAACGGGGCGGCAGCCGCAGUGGCCGCCUCCGCCGGUGAAGUGGAGCUGAACCUAAUCAAAAAUGGCCAAUCGCCGCUGGCCGCCAGUGAUCUUAGUGCAAUCAGUAAUAAUAGUGGUAAUAGUGCUAACGGUGGCAGUGGGCUGCUAGUGGCCGCCAACGGUGGCAGCUGCAGCAGUGGUGGUUCCGUGCCCGAUGGCAAUAGUUUGAGUAAUAGUAACAACCAAAUUAGUAAUAAUAAUAAUAAUGUAAUCAACAAUACGAGCAGUAGUAGCAGCACUGGCAGCACCAACAAUAGCAAUAACAAUAGUAUUAAGAGCGAGCGGUUUAGCCCGAACAACAACGACGUGCAAUCGACGGCUUCCAGAUCACGAAGUGUGACACCGUCAUCGUUCUCCGGGACCCCACCGCAGACAAUGCACGCCACCGAUGUGGCGUUUCCGAGCAGUAUUCCAACCAGCGGGUUGCUUCCGUCCCCCAACUCGGCCAUGGCCGGUAGCCGACCCGAGUUCCAGGCCCGCAACUAUUCCGACUUUAUGCGCAGUCUGGCCGCCAAGUACAACAACAACAACAACAAUAACUCCAACAGUGGUACCGGCGACCAAUCGAGUGUGAAGAAUCCAUUUCUAGAGCCAAAAAUGCGAAUAAAUCAGCCAAAAUCGUUCAUAGAGAACUCCCUAGGCAGUAAGAAAAGCAGUCCAAUUACCUCCGCUCAAGUACCUAAUCCGAGUAUUAUGUCUUCGUUGUUUCCGGGUCUACCAUUCCAGUCGGCGGUCUUUCCACCACUGAUUGAUAUGAGCAGUACCCAGGCUCUGGUUGCACUGGCUCGCGCCGCCAAAGAAUCCGGUAUCCAAAAUCUCCUCAAACCGGAAGACGGCGGUCUGAAGAAACUUUCCGCCGGAUCUCGCAACUCGUCACCUCCUCCGCGAGCCUCGCUGGCGAACCAGUUCCCAUCACCCUUUCCACCAAGAUACCUGCCCGGGCUGCUGCCCAACCAUCUGGCGGCCAGUUAUCCGACUCAACCACCGGCGGCGCCAGUUCCUGCGAUCUCACCACUAAAAUCACCAACUCGGCCUACGGAGGGCCUCUCCACAUUCCCACUGGACCUCAGUUCGGCACCGUCGAUGGCGAAACGGAUAAAACUGUCACCUAGUCGGAACCAACCGGAAGGCUCACCCGCACCCAGCUCCACCAACAGCCAACCGUCGGAUUCGCCGCUGGGGUUAACCGCACCGCGGAAGUGUCACGCCCGGAUCGAAGAACUCAGCUCCUGGACGGUGGAUAAUGUGUGCGAUUUUGUCGGUAGCAUCGACAUCUGCGCCGAGUAUGUUCAGAACUUUCGUGACCAGAGCAUCGACGGGGCAGGUUUGCCACUGCUGACCGAGGAACACCUGACCAAUUCUCUCGGUAUGAAGCUGGGACCGGCGUUGAAGCUGAAAUCUAUGCUGGCCAAAAAACUGGGCGGUCCGUGUCCGUGUGUUCACUGCACCGCAUUCACACCGUCCCGGAACAGCAUAAAGGGGGAGACGACACCAACCAAUCGACCUCCGAGCAAUGGUUCCGUUGGUUGAUGACGUUGUCUACCAAGGGGUCCACUACGAUUGAAUAUUUCGAAAACACAACACCAGACCAGUGAUUGAUUUCCAAUUCGCGACGAAUAAAGGGGGGGG